GAGAGCUAAUAGCAUGGCUAAUAGCUUAGAAGCUAGCAGCUUUUCACAAGAGUGGACUGUAACUAUGUUCAGGAAUAAGUCUGCCUGGUUUUCAAGCAGUGUGCCACACACAUGCCACGACUUUUGGAUAUCGGAGGGUGGGACCAUUGUUGGUUGGAAAACAGCUGAUUACCUUUUCAGUGAGGAUGCUACAUGUCCUGAUACUCUUAGGAUAUUUGAGAGCAAGGACUAUCUUUGGGACAAGGUGACAGUUUUUCACAGCUCAUUCCUGUCUGCCUGUGAGAAGCGGCAGAGUGUGAAGUCUGUGUGGAUUGGUCAUUAUGUGCUGCCUCCAGCCUCAGUACAGGAUGAGGUGAGACGUGUUAUUGGGAGGUUGAUUUGGGAGUGUGAGAAUGAGCAGUCAGAGGCACAGGGUUUCCAAGAUGAGUGCAGUGAGGUCAGCAGAAGCCACUCUGAAUCAUCUGACACAAACUCAUCAGAGAGUGAAGCUGCUCUAUGUGUCCAUCAUCCAGCUAGUAACACGCUCACAGGGUACGUCAGCAUGGACAACCUGCAGAAAUAUACAGGCGAUCUGUGUGAUUUCCAUCCCAGAUGUUUCCGAUGCUCCAACUGUGAAGCCCACUGCAACAUGACGCACACAUGAGCAAGCAUUCAAUGAGAGAAAAGCCUUUUAAAGAACAAGUAGCAGCUGUGCUAUUCACAGUUGCAAACUGCAGAUAAUUUACUGUUAAAUUAGUUAUUAUAUUUGUGUAUUAUGUUUGCAUUGCCUAUCUGCACUUGUGCAUGCAGAGUAGAUCUAUACACUCAUA